AGCCAGUGUGCACUGCACAACCAGGAGUUAAUGACAAAGCCUGACACGGAGAGUACUGGGAAUGGAGUUUGCAGGCAGCUGCUGAGAAAGUUGGGACGGAACUGGACUGGAGAUGCCACUUUCCCUUCUAAUGGCUGCCAAGGGGAAGGGCUUCCAGCAAUCUCAGAUGGCCCAGUGGAACAGGAGUGGCUAUUUCAGGAACUCUGGUAGCAGAGAUGUGAAUCCCGACCUUGAAACUGAAAGGCAGACUGCCUCCUUCAGUGUGGAGAGGCUCACUGCCAUAUUGGAUGGAGGUGCUGACAACACCAGGACACGGAGGGCAGUGGAGGCAGUAAUCCACAGUGAACCUGGCUUUAGCAGAGAAAACCAAUACUUCCAGAGCCAGAAUGAGAGGUAUGAAGCAGCAGUCAGAAGGUCUGUUUACCUCAAGGAGAAGAUGCAUCAAAUGGGAUGGACUGAAGACGGGCCUGAAGUUAAGUAUUGCUACAGGGCACUUGGAGGAGACCUAGCAUUUAAUGUCCACAGAGUCUUUAAGAACAGUAUCUUGGCCCUGGGAACAGAUGAACAAAUUGCCAAGUGGAUACCACUUGCUGACAAAUACCACAUUAUAGGAACCUAUGCUCAAACUGAAUUGGGACAUGGGACAUUUCUUCGGGGUUUGGAGACAACAGCGAUUUUUGACAUUUCCACUCAGGAAUUUACAUUGAAUACACCAAAGAUCUCGGCAAUGAAGUGGUGGCCUGGAGACUUGGGCAGGUCAGCAACCCACGCUGUGGUUUUUGCCCAGCUGUAUAUUAAAGGAAAGUGCUACGGUUUGCAUGCCUUCAUCCUGCAGAUCCGCAGCCUUCGUGACCAUUCACCUGCACCAGGGGUUAUUGUGGGAGACAUCGGUCCCAAAAUGAAUUUUGAACACAUUGACAAUGGCUAUCUCAUGCUGCAGAACAUUAAUAUUCCUAGAGAAAACAUGCUGAGCAGAUUCUCUCAGGUUCUACCAGAUGGCACCUACGUGAAACGAGGGUCCGAUAAGAUUAACUACUUGACCAUGAUCAUGACACGCAUUCAUAUACUUUGGAUUGAAGUUAUACCCACGCUGUUGAAGGCCUGCACCAUCGCCACCAGAUAUUCGGUGGUUCGCCGACAGUCCAAGUUGAACCCGGGUGACCCAGAGGCAAAAAUCCUAGACUACCAGACUCAGCAACAGAAGCUACUACCUCUGCUAGCAACAGCCUAUGCCUUUCAUUUCAUGAACGCCUACGUGAACGAGUUCUACAACAAAGGAUACACAGAGAUCAGACAGGAGAAUUUUGAUUCACUACCUGAGCUUCAUGCCCUUACUGCAGGCAUUAAAGCCAUAAUUACAGAGUACUGCACUGCGGGAGUGGAGGUCUGUCUCAGGGCCUGUGGAGGCCACGGUUACUCUGCGCUGAGUGGACUCCCUUUUCUGUAUACUAAACUAGCCGCUUCUUGUACUUACGAAGGGGAAAACACAGUCCUGUUCCUGCAGACUGCCAGGUUUCUGGUAAAGUGCCUUGCAGCAGUUCACUCUGGCCAGCCCAUCCCUCCAUCAGCCGCCUAUUUGUCUUCAGUGGACUCUGGAAAGUGUCAGGCACGGACCAGCGCGGACUUUCUCAAACCAGACAUUUACGCAGAGGCCUAUCGGCACAGAGCAACCAGGCUCCUCGGAAAUGCAGCAACCAAGCUACAGGGUUUGGUUCAGUCAGGAGCUGAACAGCAUGAGGCAUGGAACCAGUGCACAGUACAGCUUGUACAGGCUGCGAAGGCUCACUGCCACUACAUUGUUGUGAAAAACUUCAUAGACACAGUGGAGAAACUUAGAAAUGAGGCUGAAAUCCAGAAGAUUGUGAAACACCUUUGUGACCUUUUUGCAUUACAUGGUAUCUUCUCAAACACGGGAGAUUUCCUGUAUGCUGGGUACAUAUCUGGGGACCAAAUGGACAUGGUGACUGCAUCCUACCUGGACCUACUCGCUGUCAUUCGGAAUGAUGCAGUGCCUCUAGUGGAUGCUUUCGACUUCACCGAUGAAAGUUUGAAUUCUGCGCUUGGCAGUUACGACGGACAUGUCUACCAACGGCUUUACGAGUGGGCUCAAAAGUCACCAACCAACAAACAGGUGAGCCAGGCCUAUGCAAGAUACCUGAAACCACUUUUUCAGAGUGCUCUGUCAAAACUAUAAAGAUCAACAGCUGUUUGGGACAUAGACAACAUCUUCUUUGGUUCCAUGUAUGGUGCACUAGCUAGCACACUGCCAGUGUUUUAUAAAUAAUCAAAGAGUAACACAGAACAGUUGACUGUACUGUCUGCAAACAUCAACUGGAAUUCUUAGUCAUUUACAUUUAAGAAUGGAAGGAAGCCAAUCAGUUUUCAUCUAUGUCCAUGGUUAAGCAGAGUUCCAUUAGGAACUUAACUAAUUUUUUUUUUAAAAGUAUGUUCACAGUAGCUGCUGAAGCUGCCUUAUUUAGCAAUCCAAUUCUCAAUGUUUUAUUACAUUCAGGUUAAAAAUAAUUACUUUCUUGCUGCCUGAGACAUAAGUUUGCUGAGCUCAUAAAAUGCCUUGCACAGAAUCAAGGAACUUAAGUUAACAAAAGUAAUGUAAAGUCACAGCCAGAGGUUCUAAAACCAGCUGCUUAGAUUAAAAGCUCUGUUAAAAUGUGAACUCUUUGGGACAGGGGACAGAAUUCCUUCUUGUAUCUUGUUGAGCAGUAAGCACUAUCUGCACUUAAAUUUAACCAGUCAAAACUCACACAGUAUGUGCCAGCUUCACCUUGUGAAAAUGAUCUGUUAUGAU